AUGAGGAUUGAGCAGUGUUCCUUCUGCGGAUCACCCAUCUACCCUGGACACGGCCAGAUGUUCGUGCGCAAUGAUUGCAAGAUAUUCCGCUUUUGUGCCUCCAAGUGCCGUAAGAACUUUGGUAUGAAACGCAACCCGAUGAAGCUGAAGUGGACCAAAACAUUCCGAAAGGCCAACGGCAAAGAACUUGCAGUGGAUAGCACAAUGGACUUUGAACAGCGCCGACAUGUUCCGGUGAAGUACAACCGUGAGUUACUGCAUGACACACUCAAGGUGAUGAAGCGUGUGGAGAAAAUCAAGGAGCAGCGGCAGGAGGCCAUUUGGAACCACCGCAUGGAGAAGGCACGCCUGCAGGAACGCCGCGAUGCUGCUGUAGCGCUGAAGCACAACAUUGACUGGAUCGAGGAUAGUGAAGUGAAACACAAGGCACGUGAUGAUCUUGUUGCUAUUCAGCAGGAGACAGAAGCAAAGCGCCAGCAGCGUCGUGAAGCGGCUCGCAAACGUGCACAGAAGCGGCGCGAGGUUGAAAAGGCGGCAGGAGUUUCACGUCUUUCUUCUGUAAAGAAGCGACACUAA